UUGCUGAAGCUGGCUUUGAGCUCCAGAUCCUCCUGCCUCAGCCUCUUGAGCUGCUGGGAUUACAGGCAUGCACCACUGUGCCUGGCUAUUUUAACUUUUUAUUAAAAUAAUACAUGCACAUAUGUGAACACUGAAAUACUACCAAAAGUUUUAUUUUGUAGAGACCCCUCCUAUACUGUUCCCCACCCCAGUCCCAGGCCUCUGAGACAACGUGGCAUUUAUUAUAUUGACAUUGUAAACAAUAUUCUUAUUCCCUCUUUCUUUUAAAGUAUUUAAAAAUUUAAUUUACCCAUAACUAGAAAUUUAUGAGAUACAGUGUGAUAUUUGAUGCAUGUAUACAAUGUGUAAUGACCAUAUAAUAGUAGUUAGUGUAUCCAUUACCCCAGACCUCCACUCCUUGUUUUAAAAAUUGUAGAAACUAAUUAUUGACUAACCUAGUUAAUUAUCUUAGUUUUUAGGCCAGUAUCUUAGUUUUUAGUAAGUUAUAAAUUAUCAUUUUAGCUGAAAUAUAUUUUAUGAUUAUUUAAAUAAUUGUGUGCAUUUUCAUUAUAAAGUAUGCAAGGAAAAUCAACAUGAAAUUAUCAUUAGCUAACAUUUAUUUAGUAUUUACUAUGUGCCAGGCACUAUUCUAAUGUACUUUCAUGCAGUAUUACAUUUAUUCUUUACAGUAGCUAUAGGACAUGUAGGUACUACUAUUAUCUCCAUUUUAUAGAUGAAGAAAUAUCAUUUAGAGAUUGUGUGACUUUCCCUUGGUCAAGUGCCUACUGGUGUGGUGGAGCGAGGUUUCCACACUAGAACUUGAACUCUUAAACAUUAAUAUAAAGCCAGAUGGAUUAGUGUACUAUCAACAAUCAACAAGUUAGUAGUUCUAUUAGCAAAUAAUCUGAAGAUUUAAAAUAUGUAAAUUUUCUGGGGCUGGGAUUGUGGCUCAGUGGUAAAACACUUGCCUAGCCUAUGUGAGGCACUGGGUUCCAUUCUCAGCACUAUAUAUAAAUAAAUGAAUAAAAUAAAGGUUCAUCAACAUCUUUAAAUAAAAAAAAUUAAAAAAGUAUGUAAAUUUGCUGAGGCUCAACUUUGAAACAAUUUCAUUUGAAACAGGUGUAGGGCCAUUGGGUAGUGGGUCAAUCAGCAUGGAUGGCUUUUCUGAGGGUAAUUCUAUUUUCUGGUGGACUUUAUUAAUUUGCCUAAUCUCAGUCUAGUUCAUUGGCUUUUAAACUUAAACCUGCAGCAGAAUCACCUGAAAGUCUUCUUGAAGCCCAGGUAACCAUUUUCAGUAAUUCCUGAAGCAUAGCGUUUCUUAGCAUGUCUGGGAUGGAGCCUGAGAAUUUGCAUUUUCCCAAGUGUUGCUAAGUACUGCUGGUCCAGGGUUCAAACUGGCUUGUUGCUAUUUCUGUUUUUUCUGAAUGCCAGGGAUCUUAUAUAUUGCCUCCCCUUGAUCUUUUUUCCUUUCUUUUUCUUUAUGAGGUGGAGUCUCACUGUGUUGCCCAGGCUGGUCUUGAACUUCUGGGCUCAAGCAGUCCCGCCUCAGCCUCCUGACUGGCUGGGACUAUAGGCUUGUACCUAUUCCCUGGCUCUGUUUUUUCCUUUUAAUUAGUCUUCUUCCUUCAGCUAGUGUGUAAACUCCUGGAAAACAACAGUUCAGUCAUGUGGCUCAUAUUUUUUUUCCACCUGCCAGAGAUCAGGGUCAUGUUGCCCAGGCAGUAGGUAAUUCUUUUGUUGUUGUUGUUUUUUUUUUAAUAACAUUAAAGAGUCAACCCCCUGCUUUAUUGAAGUAUUACUGACAAAUAAAAAGAUAAGAUAUACAAGGUGAUUUUUUUCUUUUUUUUGAGAUGGAGUCCCUUUGUGUUGCCCUGGGCUCAAGUGAUCCAUCUGCCUCAACCUCCUGAGGAGCUGGAACUGCAGGUGUGCACCACACAGUCAGCUACAAUGUGAAGAUUUGAUAUACAUUGUGAAGUGAUUACAAGUAAUCAAGGUGGUUACCACAUCCAUCACCUAACAUUACCCUUUUAGGCAGUAAAGCUAACCAGAAUCAACAUGUCUGCAACUGAGGAAACAAAUCAUGGAGGACAUGACAGCCAUCUUCCUGCUGGUGGCAACUCUGUAUUGUGCUUUGGACAGUGCCAGUACACAGCAGAAGAGUACCAGGCCAUCCAGAGUGCUCUGAGGCAGAGGCUGGGCCCGGAAUAUAUAAGUAGCCGCAUGGCUGGAGGAGGCCAGAAGGUGUGUUACAUUGAAGGUCACAAGGUAAUUAGUCUGGCCAAUGAAAUGUUUGGUUACAAUGGCUGGGCGCACUCCAUCACACAGCAGAAUGUGGAUUUUGUUGACCUGAACAAUGGCAAGUUCUACGUGGGAGUCUGUGCAUUUGUGAGGGUGCAGUUAAAGGAUGGUUCAUAUCAUGAAGAUGUGGGUUAUGGUGUUAGUGAGGGCCUCAAGUCAAAGGCCUUGUCUUUGGAGAAGGCCAGGAAGGAGGCAGUGACGGAUGGGCUAAAGCGAGCACUCAGGAGUUUUGGGAAUGCGCUUGGAAAUUGUAUUCUGGACAAAGACUAUCUGAGGUCAUUAAAUAAGCUUCCACGCCAGUUGCCUCAUGAAGUGGAUUUAACUAAAGCAAAGAGACAAGAUUUUGAACCAUCUGUGGAACAGGCAAGAUAUAACAGCUGUCUACUGAAUAGGGCUGUGGGACCUUCAGAACCACAGAAGGUGACCUCUCCAUGCAGACCAAGCCACUUGGAUGAUCCCCACAUUGUGCUACAGGGGGACAAGGCCAGCAGUUCCCGAUGCAGAAGCCCGACACCCUGCACCUCCGAGAGUGAUGCCACAUACCAGCGGAAGCUCCGGCAGCAGCAGCUGCAGCGGCAGUUCCGGGAGCAAAUGGAGAAGCAGCCACGUGCUCAGAUGCCUGCUCGAGAGGUUGAGAAGAGGAGUGAGGCAGCACUUCCUGCCCGCCCUUUGACACACAGCACCCCUAUAACUGACACAGGGCCACUCAAGGAGAAAGUUGUCCUUGCAGAGAACCUUGAAGACAACCUUGAAAUGUGGGAUCUGACUCCAGAUUUAGAGGACAUUGUCAAGCCCUUAUCUAGACCAGAUCCACCCCAGACCUCUGCCACCCGAGUCCUGAACAAUCAGGACAGGAUGCUACACAGCGAUCUUCACCAGAAGCCACAAGAAAAAUCUGGACUCUGGCACCCAGAGACUUACAGCACUAACCAGCAUGUAACACGUAGCAGUGAGAUGUGUUUAGGAAACUCUGAAUCUCAUAGGAAGAGCCAGGACAUGAAGAAAAGGAAAUUGGAUCCAUCUUAAAUGACUCAGGACCUACUUGGACUGUCACAAAGGGACUUUGGAAAACUGCUUUUUGGUCUUGAAAUUAUUCGUCAUUCCUGGGGAAUGAACUUGAUUUCCAAGGAUUACCUUGAUUCAUUUUGAACCUUUUCAGAAGACUUGACUGUUAAGCCUACUGCAGAGAAAGCUGAGCACUUUGAAAAAUCUUGUCACAUGCUACAGUAGGGAGGUCAAGGACAGAUGAAAUACCCGUCUUUUGACUCCUCAGGCUUUUUCCUCUUUACUCCUAAGCUAUUUAAUAUUAAUAAAGGUAGACAUUUUAGGACUCGAUAA